GCGGCUUCAGCAGCAGCAGCGGCGGACGCAGAAGCAGAAGCAAGGGCUCGAAAGCCACGGCCCACCUUUCCUUUGAUCGAGCGGCCGUGGUUUCUCGAACGCACGGAAACUCCUACUCUCGUCUCCACCCAUCUCUGUAAUCUUAUUUGGGUUAGAGAUGGGCAGCGGACCAGCACCAUUCUCAGAGAUUGGGAAGAAAGUGAAAGAUCUUCUGACAAAAGACUACAAUUUCGAUCAGAAGUUCACUCUGAUGAUGUCUCAUGUUGGUGGGCUGGGGCUCACAACUACUGGAGUGAAGAAGGAUCAACUUUUCAUUGGCGACAUAAGUACACUGUACAAGAGUGGUAAUACCACAGUCCACGUCAAAGUUGAUACUGAUUCUAACGUCUCCACAACUGUGAUGGUAAAUGAAAUUUUCCCAUCUAUGAAGACUGCGCUCAGCUUCAAAAUACCCGACCACAAGUCUGGCAAGCUGGAUGUGCAGUACCUUCAUUACCAUGCAACUAUUAAUUCCAGCAUCGAAUUGACACCCGCUCCUCUGCUAGAGCUCGCGGCGUCCAUUGGCAGCAAGGAGCUUAGUCUUGGUGGUGAGGUCGGAUUCAAUACUGCUUCAGCCUCUUUCACCAAGUGCAAUGCUGGGAUUGACUUAAACAAGCAGGAUUUCUCCGCUUCCCUUAUACUGGGAGAUAAAGGAGAGACAUUGAAGGCUUCUUAUAUUCACAUGGUGGACCCCAUCAACGGCACUGCUGUCGCUGCCGAAAUGACCCACCGGUUCACCACAUACGAGAACAGCUUCACCAUUGGAGGCUCCCAAGUUCUCGAUCCUCUCACCUUGGUGAAAGCUCGGCUCAGCCACAAUGGAAAGGUUGCGAUGCUCUGUCAGCGUGAGUGGCGGCCCAAGUCGCUGGUAACCCUUUCAGCAGAAUUUGAUCCCAAGGCGGUAAAUGGCCCCCCCAGGUUUGGAUUCGCAUUAGCUCUCAAGCCUUAAAAAAUGGUGGGGCAGUCCCUUGUUUCUUCUAUUUUUGAGUACCUGUCCUUAUAUUCCAUCGGAAAACGAUUUUUUUGACCUGCAUCGGUUUCAAUCUAUCUGGAUUCUUUCAGUGAAAGCAUUAGAACUGAUUGAGAAGGAAUUGAAAUUAGAAGGAAAUCCAAUAGCAAGAAAUACAGAUACUACUUGCUUGCUCUUCUUUAA